AACACAUACAGUCAGUUGGCCUCCAACUGCCUCCUUCUGUAUUCUCUCCUGACGGCCAGAGGAGCAGCUUAUGCGCAUUGAGGUGUACAGAGAAAAUGACUGUUUUGAAACGAAGACUGGAUUUGAAUGUCAGCAGUUCUCUUGAUUAACAUGUCAAUGCACGUGUCGUUCAGGAAAUAUUAACCGCAAAUAAGGUCCAACACUGUGCUUCAGGAUUCAUUGCACCGUCUGUCUGCUUCCAGGAGCUUUGAAGUAGGUGCAAAUGCCCUACACUUAAAGCUUAAUAGUCAAGUCUGCUACGUCUCACAGGAUAGUGAGAAAAUCUGACUGCAAUGGGAAAUCAGCUGACAGAAAUGUCUUCUAACACUCCGUUUUUGCCCAACUUUCAUUCCCUCCACGUGGUGGUCAUUGGACUGGACUCAGCGGGCAAAACGUCCCUCCUUUACCGACUUAAAUUGAAAGAGUUUGUCGAUACUAUUCCGACUAAGGGCUUCAACAUGGAGAAGAUUAAAAUGCCGGUGGGCAAUGGUCGAGCCAUUACUUUCCAGGUAUGGGACGUGGGUGGUCAGGACAAACUACGGCCACUGUGGAAAUCGUACACACGCCGCACUGAUGGCAUGGUUUUUGUUGUGGACUCUGCUGAAGCAGAGCGUAUGGAAGAGGCCAAGGUGGAGCUUCAUAAGAUUACACGCACGUCAGAGAACCAGGGUGUGCCUGUACUUGUGCUAGCCAACAAGCAGGAUCUUCCGGUUGCCCUGCCUGUUACUGAGGUGGAGAAGGUUUUGGCUGUACAUGAACUGAGCACCAAUACCUUUCACCAUGUGCAAGGGUGUAGUGCUGUGGAUGGCCAAGGCCUUCAACUGGGCCUAGAGAAACUGUAUGAGAUGAUCCUUAAAAGAAAAAAGGCGGUGAGGCACAGUAAGAAAAAGCGAUAAGCAGCUUAAGGACCCCCAUUAAGGCACAGUUAUUUUGCUUGUGAACCUCCACAGCAGUUUCUGCUUUAUUGGAGGAUUUUGCUUGGAGCAAAUAAGGCCUUCCAGAUGGUCUUGGAGUGAAAAUGGCUUUGACCUUUAUCUGUCAUGCAGUAUUGAACUGCUUUUCAUAGUAUUUUCUGUGCAGCUGCUGUUUAUAUCUGACGAUAACUAUAGAUUGAAAAGUCUAAUAUCAACAGAAUUUAAGCCCAGGCCUUUUGCUCAUAGGUGUUUCCUCCCUUUAGGAAAGUGACUGAAUUCAAGACUGUCGUUUAGCAAAACAUUGUUUUGCUUAUAGAGAAUUUUACAAAACAACUUUAUUUCUUUGCUGAUAUAACAAUUGCCAUAUUAAAAUUUGUAUUAUGCUAGUGGACUCAAUGUUCGACACAUUCUUUUCCAGUGAAGAUUUAGUACAGAAACCUAUUUGUUUUUGCAUUCUGUAAAUAGUUUUUUUUGUAAUGUUGAAGAAUGAAUAAAUUAUAGAUGACUCUGC